UUUCAUUAUUGAAGAGUUCGUCGUCUCGAAUGUACACAACUUUUUCAUUGUCUCUUUUUAACUGCUAACAAACCAACGAUGCCUGCAAACAACAGAUUAGAAAAUUGAAAUAGGAUGGCAUCUGUAAAACUGAAAAAUGACAAAAAGUUGUUCCAGUUGAAAAAAGAAAGUAAGAAGCUGCAUGCUGAAGUAGAGGCAUUAGAGGAUGCUCUAAUACUACAUCAACGAUACAAACACGACAAUGACACUAGCGUUAGAGGUCUAUUAAGAAAAGAAAUAGGAGGAUCCAUUUGGCAACGUGGGGGGUCCGGUAAAUUACAUUCAUACAGAACUGCAAAUGAUUUAGAAGAAUCAGAAAAAAAUGUGCCAGAAUCAAGAGUAAACAAAAGACGACAGAGGAGAAAUAAACAAUAUGAAGCUAAUCAAAAAGAAAAUGAAAAAGAUAAAGUCAAUUCAAAGCUAAGUGAAAACCAGAAUGAACUGGUUGCAAAAUCUGCAGGACUUCCUAUCCAUAACAAAAAUGAGGAUAGUGCUUAUGAUGAAAGCAUAGACAACAGAGGUAAACAUGGAAACCAGAAAGACCAUGUGACAAAAACAACCAAUGGGUUGAAAGUAGAUUCAAAUUUUGAAAUUGAGGCUGAAAAGGUUUCAAUUUUGAAGAACAAAGUUUUAGAAAAAGCUAGUGUAGGUGUUAUUCAUCGAAAGCAUAGUACACCUAAAACACACUCGGAUUUAAAAUCAAAUUUUGAUUCAAAUAAAAAUUCUUCAAAAAUUUCAAAUGAAACUCCUGUAAAACUCCAAUCAGCUUUGAAAAAUGUAGACAAGACAAAGCAUAACAAAUUUGAUGAUGUACAAAAUAUGAGAAAUUUAACUAAUCAAAAUGCAGAGAAGUUACUAAAUGAUGGAUUACUUAGAGGGAAGCCUCCAAGUACAAAACUAAAACAGACUAAUAUUAAACCUUCACAAGCAUUAGAAAGGUGCAGAGAUAAUGAAGUUUUUAAAAUAUUAUCAAUGCCUAGCAACCAAAGGCCUGAUCAGUUACCUAGCAACCAAAGAUCAGACCUAGCACCAAAAUCAGAUUCAUUAGAUAAUGUGGUGCCUAGUCAAAAUGAAUCAAACAAUUCUAAUAGAGAGCAAACAAUUUCUAAAUGUGAUCCUCAUGUGAAAGAUUGGAUUCAAAGCUUAGGACUUAUGGAAGAGGAAAAGUAUUUAAAAAUGUUUGCCGAAAAUGAAAUGGAUAUGGACGAAGUUUCUCAGCUAACAGCAUUACAACUGAAUGAAAUAGGAAUCACGGCAUUUGGUGCAUUGAAUAAAAUUCUCAGAGGUAUAAAAGAAUUGAAAAAAACAAAAACCUCAUUGGAAGUAAGACCAACCAAAAAUCUUUCAUCUAGUCUGGAUUUCAAAAACGUUUUAAAUAUAGAAAAUGAGAAUAGACAGUCUAAAACUUUAGGGCAUACAGAUCAAGAUUUCAAAAGAAGUAUGACCUUUGAAGAGCGUUUAAGUAACAUGGAUCAGUCCAGGACUAAUUUAAGAAGGUCAAGAAGUUUUGCGAGCUCUGCGUCGAAAAGUGUGUAUUCUUCUGAUGCAUUGAGAUCUUCGCUUGAUGAUGGAAUUGCAGAGAGAUUGAAAAAAGAAAAAGCAAAUCUGAAAGACGCAAAAAUUGAAUCAAAUCCAUCAAAUACAAAGUCUGUUGCAAGAAAAAGCGUGAAUUCUCCUGUUCAAAAUAUUGAGAACCUUAAAAUUACAGAUAAAGACAACAAACCAGUCCAAAAUGAUGAAAAAGUCAAAACUCUCAGAAAAAGGUCCAAUUCUCCAGCUAGAAGACCAGCCAGCAGCCCAGCAAGAAGGAAGACGAAACCUACAGACAAAGCUGCAGAUUCUGAUGUUCCAGAAAAAAAGAAAUGUGACAAUUCUCAAACAGGACAGAAGGGUCCAAUCUCCAGGCAGGGGAGUGAGGUUGGUGGAAAGAAGAGCACACUAAACAGACAAGGGAGUGGCAAAUCUAAGAACAUCCCCGUUCUCUGGCCAAGAGCCAAAUCUGCACAGGCAGCGGAGAAGAAGGCUAAGGAAGGGGUUGCAGCAGCAGCUAAAAAGUUUAAUGAAAAACAGAAACAGAUUAUAGAAAAAGAAGAAAAACACACAAAAGUAAAGAAAAUAAAGAAAGUACAGAGAGAUGAAAUGGCAGCAAGGCAUGAAAAUAGACAGGCCGAAAUUGAUCAGGAAGAUGACAUUGAUGAUGGUAGGGUAGAUAAAUUAGACAGAGAAUAUGAGCAGGAGGAACUUGUGAUAACAGAACUAGAUCAGGACAUCAGUAAACUAAUAUCUGUCACAGUGUUAGAUCCUGUCAACAAGAUCAAUGAUUAUGUAGAAACCCCAAAGAGGGAAGAGAGACCAGUGGAGAGACCUAGACCAAGGUCAUCAAGACACGUCAGACAAAGUAUAAAUAAACCAAUCUAUAUUGGUGCAGAUUUCCCUGGUGACUUUUUACCCACUGGUCAAGGCAAGAGGUAUCAUUCUGCAAGAGAAAAUGAAGUUAAGACAAUAGAGUCACAGAUUGAAGAAUUACAAAACAAGGCAUUGUCUGGUGAAAUGGUGACAAUGGAUUUAGUGAAAGGACUCCAACAACGACUGGAAGAGAUUGAACAACAGAUAAAGAAUACAAAACCUCCAAAAAUAAAACAGAAGCACAGAGGGACGGAGCCCAAGUAUCCAGUGUCUGUGUCAGUGAGAGAGAAGGACAUUAUCAGUGAGAUAGAGAAAGAGAAAGAGAAGGAUAGUAGACCAACUAGGUCACCAGAACUUUUAAAGGUCACUGAUCCUUUGAAGUCUUUAGAGAUUAACAGUGAUGACAUCAUGUUUGAUUCAACAGAUUUGGUUGGAGAAGGAACUUUCUCAAGAGUAUACCAUGGCGUGUGUUUAGGAGCAGAGGUAGCCAUAAAGCAACUUAAAAUUCCUCUGACAUCACAUGAUAAAAACUAUUUUGCUGCUGAGGUUAGUCUUCUGAAGGAGUUACACCAUCCUCGUGUUGUACAACUGAUUGGUGUAUGUACUACAGACAAGUUCCCACUCAUGGUACUGGAGUUUAUGGCAAGAGGCAGUCUUUACUACUAUCUACAUGAUCCUAAAUGUGAGUCCAUGGAUCAUGCUGAAUAUUAUGGAGUUGCUCAUGAUAUUGCUCUCGGAAUGAAUUACCUGCAUCAACACAAACCACAAGUCCUUCAUCUUGACCUCAAGUCUAUGAAUGUUCUUCUAGAUAGUAGUGGCAGAGCUAAAAUAGCAGACUUUGGAUUUUCUAAAUUCAGACAUGAUGCAGAUCUAAAAGCAUCGAAGUUAUCAAAAAAGAAAAGCAUGUGCAGCUCGCCAACAUGGAUGGCACCAGAAUUAUUAGAAACAGGGGAGAUAACAACGAAAGCAGAUGUUUAUAGCUUUGGAAUCAUCCUAUGGGAAAUGUUAACGAGGAGCCAUCCUUACGAUGGCUGUUCUGUGUUUCAGAUUUUGGAAAGAGUGAGGUUGAACAAGAGACCAGAAAUUUCUUCGAAUAGUCCACCAGAUCUGUCAUCAUUGAUAAAGAAAUGUUGGGAUCAAAAUCCUGCAAAAAGACCUGCAUUUAAAGACAUCAUUUUACAACUUGACAAAUUAGCAUUUCCUCCAGACUGGAGAGCUCUUUUCAAAGAAGCAGGUGUACCAAAUGAAGCAUUAGAAGAUGUGCAGUCAGCCAGAACCAUUAUCAGCCUAGUCAACAACACUGUAGAUCUUGAAAAUGUGAAGACCAUGAUGGAAGAUAUAAGACAUUCAAAUGAUGCUAUAAUGGCAUCACAUGACUUGACAAGAGAAUCACAUGUUUACAUUAACCAAUCAAAUGAUCAGAAUAGGUAUCCUAGCAACUCAACCAGGCAGUCAUAUAACUUUUCAGUCCAGUCUAGGGAACCUCAAAAAAGUCUGACAGCCGCUUCUAGAAGGUCACAUGACAUGAUGUCAUCGUCAAAUAGACAUUCUUAUGAUAAAGCAAGGAAUUCUGGGGAUUCUAUUCUCACAAAAAAAUCAUUUGAUUCACCAUUUUCAUCAACUAGGAAUAAAAAGUUUGAUGAUGAGAAAAAUGUUGGCGACUCUAUUGAGGAAGAAAUUGGAGAAACAGACGAUGUGAGAGAUAGUUUUGAUUUUAAAUUUAAUACCAAUUUUAUGGAAGAUUUUCAAAAUGAACAAAAUCAAGAUGAGAAAUUUUUCCAGAAAAGUCAGACAUCUUUAAGAGAUUUCAAAACUUCUGCACAUGGGGAAGACACGACCGCUGAAUACUUAAAUUAUCUAAAAACCUCAUGUGAAAUUUUAUCACCAACGAUUAGAAGUCCAUUGAGGAGUAAAUAUUCAGAUAAUAUGAAAGAUUUUCUUUACACUGAUUCUGAAAAGUCUGACCAAACAGGCGCUGUCAUUGAAACAAUUGCUAGUAUUCCAAGAUCUAAGUCCCCUGUGGCUGAUUUGAGGAAGUCAGAUCAACGUUUGGAUCAUGAAGUUUUGAACUCAACAAGGUCAUCGUCUGCUAAAAAUCAAUCAACUGGAAAGUCACAUGAUCCCAUAGAAAGAAAGUCACAUGAUUCUACAGUAGGAAAGUCACAUGAUUCUACAGUAAGAAAGUCACAUGACAUACUCCUGCAGGAGAUAAGAAAAUCACAAUCCAAUCUAGAAAAAGAAACACCACAGAAGUUUAUGGCAAAACCAGAAAAUGAGGAAAAAGAUCUGAACAGUUCUACAGGAAAGACACAUGACAUGGAAAAUCAACCAUCAGAUUUAACUGAUUCGUCAAUGAGAAAAUCGCAUGAUGCUGCUCUGAAGGAAAUGCUUAAUUCAAAAGCUUAUUCUAAAACUGAUAUGUCUUCUAAGAGGUCACAUGAUCACUUGAAGAAAGAAUCUACACCAAGAAAGUCACAUGACGAAAGUUCCCUCCUUAGGAAAUCACAUGAUAGUUUGAUCGAAGAUUUUUCACCAAGACAGUCACAUGAUAAAUGGAAGAAAGAUUCAACUCCAAGAUCAUUGCAUGAAAGUAUGAUGGAAGAAAUGUCUCUCAGAAAGUCAAAUAGUUACACGAAAAAAGACUUGACCCCAAGGAAGUCACAUGACAGAAUCAUUGAUGAAUCUCUUCUCAGAAAGUCACAUGAUAUCUUGAAGAAAGAUUCCACCCCAAGGAAGUCACAUGAUAGUAUCAUUGAUGAAUCUCCUCUCAGAAAGUCACAUGAUGUCUUAAAGAAAGAUUUUACACCAAGGAAGUCACAUGACAGUAUCAUUGAUGAAUCCCUUCUCAGAAAGUCACAUGAUGUCCUGAAGAAAGAUAUUACUCCAAGGAAGUCACAUGACAGUAUCAUUUAUGAAUCUUUUAUCAAAAAGUCAAAUGAUGACAUGAAGAAAGAUUCCACCCCAAGAAAGACAAUUCAUGCCAAUGUGAUGGAUGAAAUAAGAAAAACAGGGAAAUUGUUUAAAAAAGAUGGGAAGAAAAAUCCACUUUCAGCAUAUGUUGAUUCAAAGGAUGCUAAUUCUCAAAAAUCUGCUAAUGUUAGAGCUAAUGAACAUUCAGAAGAUGAAAACUUCAUUUCUAAGAAUAGCGAUACUGAACAGAAGUUUUUAGAUUUGUUGCAAACUGACUUUGAUUCUGGAAAAAUUAACACAGUUGACACUGAAGAAAAAGUUCAAACUGAGAUUGAGGUCAAAUCCAAACUAAGUUCAAAAGAUAAGUCAAUUGUAACGAAAAAAGGUCCUCAACAAAAUUUACUAACAGAAAUGAAAAGUUUACACACAAAAUUACGAAUUGAAAAGACUGGACAUGUUGAAGAAAUAAAGCAACUUCAUACGAAGCUCAGAAGUGGGAAAAAUGGAAAUGAAAACAUGGAUAAAAAUUCUGCCAAUGGAAAUGAGAUUAAGGAUAAUAUUUUAGAGAAGGAUGAUGCUAGUGAUAAAGAUUCCAUUGAAAACAUAGACAUUAAGGAUGACCUUGACAAUCUGUCUGUUGAUAGCCUUGACCUUAAUGACAGUAUAACAGAAGAUAUUGGUCACAUGACUAAUCCUAAGAAGAUUGAGAGUGAGGCUAAUUUUAGUGGAACCAAAGUUCAAAGUGAUCAAGAUAGUGAGAAAUCUUGUUCAAUGUCAAAGGGUAAAAAUGGCAAAGUUGAACAGAAGGAAGACAUUAAUAAUAGUGCUAAAUCAUUGCCAGAAAAUUCAAAUACGGGUAAAAAUGAAAGUGUCAAAAACUUGCCAGAUUUAAGAAUGUCGUUGAAUAAUGAAAUAGCACAAUUUUCUACCAAAAAAUUAAAAAGAAAAGUAAAGGGGAAAACAGAACAAAUGAAAGAAGAUGAUAAAGAAAAGGGAAAGAAAAAUGCAAAAGAAAGUGUAAAAUCCAAGCCAAAAAAGAAAUCAAAAUCAGUACCCGACAAGAAAACAGCAGCAACUGAAAAUCUUACUGUCAGUAAUGAGAACUGUUCAGAAAUUCAGACAAAUCCUAAAAACCGUAAAAGUAUAGAGGCUUGGGUUGAAGCGAAACCAGUCAUGACUGAUGCAAAGCAAAAGCAACAUAAAAUAUCAACAUCAAGUUUGCCCUCACAUCCCCCUCCAAUUUUGCUUCCUGAAGAUCCACCACCUAGUUUCAUUUCUGAUGAUCCACCCAUUCCACCAGCACCACCUAUACCAACAAUGGAAUUGACUCCUCCUCCAGCUCCUCCCUUGCCAGAAGAGGAUGCUGCAGUAGGGGAGACAACAAAUUCAAAGAUAAAAAAGAGGCUGGAGAUUCCUGAGGCAAAGCAUUCCAGCCAUGAGGCAACACCUUCAAAUUCAACGAAAUCCAAUCUAGCAUCAAAGGGAGAUGACUCUGAUCCAGUGAUGGUGAAAUCAGCAGAAUUAAGGGAUCAAAAGGAAGUUUUACAAUCAAUAUCUAAGCCACAUCCAAACCAGCUCACAGAUCUUUCACAAGUCAAUAAACAGACAUACACAUCUAUAGCAGAUAUCCUAAAAAGGGCAGUUUUCAGCAGAAGAGAAGCUAUGGGAGAAGACAAUUACAGUCCGUCCCCAUCAGUUGCCAGUAGCUGGUCUUUUGUGGAUGAUUAAAAGAACAAUUUUCUUAACAAAAACAUCUUAUGAAUACAUUUUAAUACUAUUCGUUAGUUAUAAACAUUUCAACUUUAAUGCAAGAACAUGAUGAAUUUAAAUCAUAAGAUUUAAAAAAAAGAUAGUUGAGUAGCUGUAAGACAACAAUAUAAUUUUACCAUGGGAUGAAAGACAUGAGUAGAUCAACCGUAAAGAAAAAUGAAAAAAAGAGUGGGAAUUUUCUUAAAAAUAUGUACUAUUUGAACUGCACUUUAUAAGAGAUCUGUUUGAAGUAGGGAACAAUUGCGUAUUAAAAUUUUGAGAAAAUAAAAAGGGUAAAAGAUUUGUUAGUCUUUGAUUAAAAAUCUGCAGGUCCUGUAGCCUGAUUUAAAAAAAAAAAAAAAACUUAUUUUGACUGUACGCCUUGUACUCUUUACAUUUAUUUAUUGGUCUCAACUUUUAUUGUUAUCUUUUAUCUGUAUAUAACAAUAUAUUUCUAGUUUACUGUUAAUUUUUAGAAAUAGAAGUGAAACAAUGUAAAUAAUCUAGUUUAAUGGAAAUUUUUGUACUUUUUAUGGCAUAUUUUUAAAGCCUUAUUAUUAAUGAACAUUUCUAUUUAUUACAGUCUUAAGACUGGAGUGAAAAGAGAUGUUUAUAAUGCCAUAUUUGAGUUAUUUGAUUUCUCAGGAAUUUGAGAUUUAUAGUUUCGUAUUCAAAUGUACCAGCUAGCAUUAUGGUAGCAAUACCUUAUUUCAACAUGAGACAGUUUGAAUGUUUAUUCUUAACUCCUGACACUAAGUUUCACUAUUUUUUUGCCUUUUUAUUUUAUAAAAUUCUGAAAAUCAGAGAUAACUGAAGUUGAAUUAUUUGCAUGCCAAAAUAAUUUUAUAGAUAUUGUAUGUUUAAGUUUAUUCGGAACAGAUGUGUAUAAUUUUAAGGAAAACUGAUCUGCUGCUAUGGAGUUAUCUUUGAUUGGUAUUUUUAAUUGCAGAGUAAGAGGAAACAGAAAAAUUUAGCUAAUACAAAACAGCUUUACUUUAUGUGUGUUAGAAUCUCAAAUUAAUUUAACUCUGCCUUUAUGAUUAAUAAUUUUAUUUGAUAUGCACAGUUGUGAACCAUAAAAAAAGACCAAGUGUCAUGCUAUAUUUAAAAAGCAUCAAUGAAGUUUAAUUUGUAUAAUACUCUUUAAUUUAGUGUAUUUUUAUUAUAUAAUGACCAAGUGCUUAUGUUAUGAAUUUUGAAUAUUGAAUUGAUGAAAUGAUAAUGAAAGUGUUAUUUUAGAAACAUUGCAUUUGUUAUACAAAUACACUAGUUUUAAAAAUACCAUUGAAAAAAUCGUUGUGAUUUGAUUACAGUCAAGUGAAUGAAGUGUUAUUUUUCCACCUAUUCUUAAGGGAAGAUUGAACUUGUUUUUUUUCUUCAUUUUUUAUGUAGAUCAUACCUUUGGUUUUCCCGUUUGAAUGGUUAUACACUAGUAAUAUUUGAGGCUCUUUAUAGCUUAAUGUUCGGUGUGAGCCUAGGCUCCAUGUUAAAGGCUGUACCUUGACCUAUAAUGGUUUACCUUUAUAAAUUGUGACUUGGAUGGAGAGUUGUCUCAUUGGCACAGUGGCACUUAUACCACAUUGUUAGCUAUUUAUGAGUUUCACUGUCCCUCUGGUAUCUUUUGUCCCUCUUUCCUAUAUCUAUAUUUGAUUAACAUAUAUUCAAUAGUCAUUUGCAGAUUUACAAUUUAAUACUGUUAUUACACACUUUUUAAAACAAAUUGUUUUCCUUUGUCAAUUGUAGACUGAUUCAGUACUGGACAAAUGGUGUCCCUAAAUUACAGGCAAUUGAACAUCCUUUACAAUAAGAUAGUAUGACUGUAACAUUACAACACAUACCCACUAAUACAAUUUAUGUACAUUGAGCUUGAAUAAAAUAAUGAACUUGCAAUGGUAUUUUUAAAUUUAGUGUAAUUGUUUAAAAUUUUUUAUGGCAUUUUUAUUUGUUUUUUUGUUUGUGUAAUAAUUUUUUAAAUAACAAACAUGUUUUUAAUGAAUUAGUGUGACACAUGGUGUAUGGCUAGAUUGCACAUUGUUUUGGUGAUGAAAAAUAAACUUGGGUAAAAUCGGGGAAUACUUAAUAAUUAUAUUAUUGUUAUUUGUAUGUUGACAAAACAUUUUACACUUGUUGAACAUAUCACUUAGUCUUAUUGGUCCUGGGCUUAUCUUUUCAUUAUUUGAUAAAUUUAACACAUUGCACCCUUCUUUCUAUGUGGUUAAGACUAAGAUGGUUGUUUAUAGUAGCUGUUUCUAUUUUUGUUAUGAUAAGUUGAACCAUUCACUUCUUUGUUUAAUGAGUAUAAAUGAUAUAUAUGCCUUUGAAUUUAGGUCCAUUUUUGGUAGUUUAAAUGUUAAAAGGGAAAGACUUGUCAAAUAAUGAUUGGGUCAGACUUGUCAGAUUAACGAUCUUGGGUAUCCAUUUAAGACAAAAAUAUAGAAAAUGCACAGCAAAUAACACAAAAAAGCAAAGGAACAGUGCUUUCAUUGCUUUUCUUCAUUUUAAGUAAUAUUUAGAUUUUACUUUGAAUAAUAUUGCUUAUGUCUUCUCACCCUGAUAUAAACAGAAUGCAUGAUUUAAACAAUCAAGCUUGUUUUUCCACAUCUGUCAUAAUCAUUUAAAUGUUUGAAGCAUGUUGAAAACAUUGUAGAAAAAAAAAAUCUACAGAAUUAUUGUAAAUCUUAGUCAAAGUUAAAUGAUAAAGAAUAACUGCAUAUAUUUCGAUUAAAAACUAAAGAAAUCUUUUAUUGCACACAAACUUGAAAUGAACUAUUUCAAUUUUUUUUAUUGUAAGCCUCAGGAAUAAAAAAUCAAAUAGACAGAUUAAGUAAGAAGGAUGGAAAUGUCCUUCUCAUCGUAGGAAUAGCAUUAUAUUUAGAAAUAUCAUGAAUAUUGUAUCCAAAAUGAAUAUAUAUUUAUACAUGUAUUUAAUGUAUUGGUUGUGAUUUUAAUAAGGAAAAUAUUAUAUUAUUUAUUGAUGAACAUAUGAGUAAUUUAUCUCCUUUAAAAAUGUAAUGGACAGGAAACAAUUCAAACAAUUUUGAGUGUAUGAACAAUGAUAUUAAAAUGAAAAUUUUUAAUAGCUAGACCUAUGGCAAAAUAUCUGAACUUUAAUACCACUGUAUAGUUGAAUAGCUUAAUUGGUAGUUCUUCUUUUCUAUUUUUUAUAACACUUUUUUCUUAGCACCCAUAUACACUAAGCUAAUUUUCAGUAAUAAUAUACUUCACAUUUAGCUCUUACCAGAAACCUUUGCAGCAAUUUGUUUUCAUGAAUUUUUUAAUUUUCCAUGUGUAUUUUUAUAUGGCAAACUAAAUUUUUACAAAUUGAAGACAUUUUUUUGGCAGUUUUUGGACUCAGAAAAUGGUAAAAAAAAAUAAUCAGGAAAUUAGUUAGUUUACAGUGAUUGACUUUGCAAAAUAGAAAAUAAAGAAUAAUAUUAUUGCACACAUCUUUCUUCUCAUGCCUAUAAACAAAUCACUGAGUUACAUACAAAUAUUGUAUACUAAUUCAAAUAUUUAGAAAAUCUAGGCUUGCCAGUGUAAAACUUUUACCUUUUUUCAAUCAUUUGUUCAGUAAAAGGGAGAUAACUUGCUGAUGAUUAUCAUCAACACAUUAUUUGUGUAGAUCUGUUUAUUGUAUACAUUUGCCUAUGCAAAUUACUAAUCUGUGAUACACUAUUUUACCAUUCCAGCAAAGAUUUAUAUCAUUGUAGGUUUUUUUCUUUAGUUAUGCAUAUUUAUGUUGUUUUAGUUCAGUGCCAAGUUAUGAUGAAUUUUAAUAAAAAUAAAAUUUCUAAUAAAUUGUCUUAAA